AUCUCCAAACACCUGUGGCUUCGUCUACAGAAAGCUUCAGGUCGUGACGACAGUCUCCCCUGACUAGCCAUUACAUCCGCACCUUCCAUCGAUACGACGGCUCACUGUCUGCUGACAACAGAAAGCGAAACGAAAUUAUUUCCACCGAGUGAGUCUUUUGUUGUACGGUACAAUUGUGUGACUUGGUUAUGCUUCGAUGACUAAGUGAUUGCUUGCAAAGUGAUAUUUACAGUUACAGAAAAGAUAUAACUAAAGAAAAAUAAAAAGAGAGAGAGAGAUAAGACAGCCAUGGGCUCGAACACCCAAGGCAGUGAGAGCUCAAUGGAUGCUGACUUCUUCAUCGAGAGGCGAAGGAAAUGGUUUUCUCUAGAAAAAAACACAUCUACGACAGACAGCGGUGGCGGUGGCGGUGGGUGUCACUCCUCCAAAGAUAACAAGAGCAGCGACGACGAAUUGCGUAGCAUUUCGUCUUUCACUUGUGUUUCUUCCUCAUCGUCACUCGAUCUCGGCAAAAGGAGGAGCUCGAAGAGUUCUCCGAAAAGUUCGACAAACAAAACCACGAAGAAUUCGCCCGGCACUUUCAGCCCCGAUACGACCAUGUCAGAGUGUGUGUUCGGCGGAAAACUAACGCCAGCUUUAUCUGCAAACAAAAACAGCGACUACUCUGUAGAGGAGACUAAGAACGACAAACGAAAACCUCCUCAGACGCCAAAGAAAGCUUCCGAGGGCAAAGGUUCCCUCUCCCGGCUCAGACUGAGGAGUGAGGUGUAUUCAGUUUCGGGUCUUGACUUCAGCACGAAGAAGGAGGCGAAAAAGGCAAAGCACAGGGACGAGAGAUGCUCCAAAGUCAGGCCGAAGAGUGGUAACGGCAAGAGGGCUUGCAAAUGCAAGGCUGACAGGAAGCUGGAGGAACUUCGGAAGAAAUUGUUAGAAAUAAAAAGAUCUUCGUCGCAGUCAUCGGCAUCAUCAGUAUUGUCGACAUCUUCGUCAUCGUCAUUGUCCUCCUCUUCUUCUUCCCCAUCCUCGUCAUCAUCAUCAUCAUCAUCGUCGUCAUCGUCAAGGGAGUACAAGCUCCACAGCAGACGCAUAAAAAUCCCGAAGUCGUACCUAGAAUGUCGCAAUAAACUCGACAUUGACUCUGGUUACGGGAGUCAAAACAGUCGUGAAAGUUGGUCCUCGAAGAGUCGCCAUCGACGGCACCGAGACGCGAGCAUCCGAGUACCGAGGAACAGAAUGAACAGACUCUAUCAUGAGGCCGAGUGUGACGAAGUAAAUCACGUCAAAAACGCCCGGCGGAAUCGGUCCGCAAGUUGUGUCAACUGCCAUCGUUGCAGCGGUCACCCUACGGAUCAUGUGAGUGUUCACGCUGGCCAGAGACUGCCAUUCCCUUCACCUACUAGCAAGCCUUACCCUGCGUGGAAUAUAGACUGCAAAGUCUACAUAGGUGGACUGGACGACCACACCACAAGGAAGGAGAUACGAGACAUUUUCCUGAAGUAUGGUCGCCUCACGAACCUCUGGAUCGCCAAACACCCGCCUGGUUUUGCCUUCGUGGAAUACGCCAGCUCUGAGGAUGCUAAAGAAGCCGUGAGGAAGGCUGAUGGCAUGAACAUCAGCGGGAAUCGAAUCAAGGUUCAAAUGUCAAAAGGUCUUCGUCUUCUGACUUCCAAGACAACCAGUAAUUCUAGAGACAUGUACAGGAGCCUUGCGAACUGAUCUUCUCUGAGGGACAGAGAGCGGUUAUGGCGUCAUCACUUGGGUGGAAACUGUAAUUGUGGUCCCAUCCUGGGAAAGAAUCUAAACGGGAGUACACGAAUAUAUCUGAACUGGAAGGGAUCCAAGUUUUACUGCAACUGGCCAAAAAGUGCAAUAGGAAUUCUGUUGCAUCGCCAUGAAAGCUAGAGACCGUCCCAGCAUUCAGACUUUCUCUGAGAAGACUUGAAAAUCAUCACUGCAUUUUUGAAGUGGUUUUUUGGGGGAAAUCAUUGUUGGUUUUUGUAUAUCAAAGACAUUAUCAUUUCUGUUAGUGGUGGUGAAAAUAAUGAAAGGUUGCUUCAAGCCAUGAAUUAGGUUGACUGAUCGAAUUUUAUUUGAAAGGGCGGUAGCACAAAACCUGAUAAACAAGAAUCCUUGUUUGCCUUAGAUGUUCUUUCAGGAAAGCACAUAGACGUCCUAUCACACCCAUAAUCUCAGCACCGCAGCACUGUCUUAUACGCACUCAAAUAACACACACAGACACAUGUAUAUAUAUAUACACACAUCUACAUACAUACAAAUCGUAACUUUCUAAAGAGAAAGGUGGUACCCUUUGGUGUUCAAUGAGUAUUUAUGGGAUGAGUCUGCUAGCCGUCCCAUGGACGUUCAGUGACAGUAAUAAGUUACUGUUUAACCUUGAAAGGAAUGAAAACUUGUAAAAUAAAGCCGUAAGACUGAUGUAAUUAACAUGAGAAAAAAUAAUAAUAAAUAAAUUCAUUACUCCU